AUUCAAAACCUUCUUCUCAUCAAUGCAUAUGAACCAUCGUCAAAACCGUAGCAUGAUAUCGAUUCUCCGAUCACCGUUGCUUCCACCCAAUUCACAAGCUCCCUACAUAACACGCUAACACUUUCAAUUUUCAACGUUACAAUGUUACUCACUUUCACUUCUCACCACCCUUUCGUUCCACAUUCACUCUUCACCACAAACAGAAUCUGCAACAACCUCUCCCUCUCCAUCAUCCCCUUACCCCCUCUGCAUCUCAACAACACCGUCAAAUACUCCACACCGCCGCACAGGUUCAGCUCCUUCACGACCCAUGCCGACUCCCUCCGCCGCCGAUCCGAACCUUCCGUCGCCGGCGAUUCCAGUUUUGACUCAUUUCUCUCUUUACUCGAACUCACGUGCCUGCUAUCUUCGGUUGUUGUGUCGGCAGGUGUUGCGGUGAUUGCGGCAUGGAAGAAGGAGCUAUUGGCGGUUAUUGGAAGCAGAGCUUCUGUUUGGGGUGUUUUGAUGUUGGCGGUUGGGGUUCUCACUGGGGCGGUGAUUCGGAGGCGGCAGUGGAGGGAGACGGUUGUGACGGGCGGGUUUGCUGGGUCGGAGGUGAAUUUGCUUCAGAGGAUUGGGAAAUUGGAGGAGGAUUUGAGAAGCUCAACGAAUGUUGUUAGGGUUCUGUCGAGGCAGCUUGAGAAAUUGGGGAUUAGGUUUCGGGUCACUCGUCAGUCUUUGAAGGACCCCAUAGCUGAGACUGCAGCUCUGGCGCAGAAGAAUUCUGAGGCUGCAAGAGCAUUAGCAGUGCAAUCAGACAUUUUGGAGAAGGAGCUUGGUGAAAUGCAACAGGUUUUACUAGCAAUGCAGGAACAACAGCAAAAACAACUUGAUCUUAUUCUUGCAAUUGCGAAGGCUGGAAAGCUAUGGGAAAGCAAGCGAGAAACUAGUGAGGAACACAAUACGUUAGAGGUUUCUAACUCAGCGUCAGAUGAGGUAAAACAGGAGGUCCGUCAAAUUUGAAGCUUGGGUUAAACUGAGAGGAACAUCCUAAUUUUUCAGGGUGGUGUGCAAAGUAUUCUUUCUUACUGCUGUGUACACUGAAUCAUCAAUCAACACACAAAGUCAUGUUACCCUGAAUUUUUUCAGCACAAAUAAUAAUCACAAGUUUUAUCCAGAGUGCCUCAAAGUUUGCUGUGAGUACAGGUGAGAAGAAAUUACUCAACCCAAAAUAAGAUGUUUAGAAUAUGCUGAACUCUCUCGUUAUAGAUUUCAGGAACUUACUGGUGGUUAGUUGUGCUAGUGCUUUUUUUCAAGUAACUCAUAAUCAAUUUUCUUUCUACAUGCUUAUGUUAUCGUUAUAAAGGCUCAGUAUUCACACGUUUUUUUAUUUCUCUUCCGUUUUUCUGUAUCCAAGUCAAAUGACUUAAAUAUACCUUGAUAUUGAAAAUGUUUCUUGGUUA